CGAAACCGACAAAAACACACGCCGCGGCCUGGCCCCGCCUCGUACGGCCGCGCCAUUCGACAUGCACACUCUCAUGGGCAUCCCGCGACGGCCCUGACGUCGUCCGCGCGUCUCCCGUGAGGUCGACCGGCGACGGCCUACAACACGUCGCCGGGGAUCACAUCCCAAAACACGCCUACGCGCCGCGCAAACACCCACAGCGCGUAGCGUUUGCGUGCACGACCUCACCUUUGUCUGCACGCAGGUGCCCCGCCCAACACACACCUCCUCUUCGGCCCACCUUGCGCAACACCUUCGCGCCCAUGGCUCGGCAGUGCCACGAGCACAUCCGCGGGGCCGCUCACGCCUCUGCGCACGCGGCACCAUCAAGGCAGAAGAAUUCCGCUCUAGGUGCGGCGGUCCCAUGGGCACGGCCGCGCGCGCGCGCAGAAACUUCCUGCAGAUGGUGCUGGCUGGCGUGCGCGCGCCGCCCGCCGUGGCCCCAUCGAAUGCCGACGCGAGCGCCUUGGGCGUCGCUGUACGCACGAGGGCGGAGCGGUCUACACCCGAGGGCAUGCAUCCUGUGCCCGUCCCUGAGCGAGGUCGAGGGAGGGGUGCGGGGCCGGCGGUCGGGCGCGAGCGCACAAGUGACACCGUGCCCGACGAGUGAGCGCCGUUUCCUCGCGCCCGGGUGCUGCAGCACGGACAAGUGCGCUCGGCAGGACGUACGGACGCCGCCGCCGCGGGAGCAAGCCCGGAAGGCGACGCCCGCCGUCGCUGACACGCGCCGCCACGCCGGCAUCCCCACACGACGGGCGCGAGGCGGCGGGCAGACACGUAGCACCUCUAUGUACGCGGCCCGCCGCGCCCGACACGCAUCGAGCCGCCCCGGCCGACCGUCUUCCUCGCGUCCUGCCUCGUGGGCGCCAUGUACGGUAAUCUAAGUGUGUUCCUACCACCUCCCACCCGAUCUCGCCGCCCCAAGACGCUUCUGUCGACUUGCCGAGAAUUCGGCCGGCCCUGCGGGGUUCGUGCGGAGCCUCUGCUGCUGUGCAUGCCGCGCGAGAGCGGCGGUCUUGGACGUGGGGAUGGGCACGGGAGGAUGCGGAUCUGGCAGGCGGCCCCGAACGAUGCCAGCGGGAGGCACUGCUAUCGAGAGAAGUCCCGUCAGUACGUAGCUCGCGGGCGUCGCGUCAACUCACCGCGGGUGGCACGGAACAACACGCGCCGCGCCGCCUCGCGCGUGCCCGAUCGCGAUGCGAGCUGUACGAGUACGUGAGCACGAUGCGCAGAAUCGUCGGGCGCGACGUACCGUCCAACUCGAGCCGUGCCCCCCGCCGCGAUACCGCCCGUCGCGCCCCUGUCGCGCAGCCACGCACAUCUCAUGUAUUUAUGUGCGAAUCUACGUCAGUUCUUCGC